AUGCCCAAACGCAAGGUGGGCCACCUGAGUAAUCUUCAUGGACAUGCCAAAAUAAACACUAAGAGGACCAGGGUCAGAAAAUCACAGAAAGAAGAGAAGGAAAAUGUAGUAGAUGUAUUCCUUGAUGCUGCAAAGGUCAUAGCACAGCCAGAAUAUGCGAGUUGUAAGGAUGAUUGUGAGGGUAGUCUUGAUGAGGAUGGUGAUAUCUUUGAAGCUGAGGCUCUAGAGGAUGGAAUUGAGAGUAAGCAAGGUGUUGGAGUGGAUGUGACACCUGGAACAUAUCCAGAGGGCCCACAGUGCACUGGAAGAUAUUGCAUAAGUAGCGCGGGACUUGCAUGGGAGCUUCAGAAAGCACCUAAAGUCUUGGAGUGUGCAACUGCUCUUCAAGACCUCAGGGACGUGCUGAAGCCUUGCCAGGACACCAGGAGAGGCUACAAGGACCCUGGCCUGGACAACUGGACUAAAGGACGACUUGAAUCAAUGGUGACAUUACUUGUAUAUUACACAAACCCCUCCUCUCCUGGAUACAAGGCUUGGAUGGCAGCAUUGUUACUGACUGCAAACGGAAAGGAAAUGUUGAGUUGGUGGGCCUGUGAUCUUUGUGAGGCAACAAAAGCCUAUAUUAACAAUUGUAUCAACAUACCAAUCAAUCUGUAUGAGGAUGUCAUGGAGUAUCUGGACAGGGAUGAAGUCAAAAUGCGACUGAAGUUAAAGAAAACGAUCUCUCUUUCAACCGCAAAGCGGUGGAUGAACUCAUGGACUAUUGUUGGGUCUGGAAUCACCGUGGUCAAUAUGUUGAUGGUCACGAGAAAUGGGCUGCAGAGGAAGGGAAAAUGUGUUCCUGGGGAACAAAUCUUGAGAAAAUCUGUGGUGCUGAGUGACCCUUAUGUAUCUGGUUCCAUGACAAAAUCAAGAUGGAUACACAAAAACACCAGCGCCAUACCAUAUGCCAAAGUUGAAGGGGCUUCUUUGAUGGUGGCGGAUUUUGUAUCAGCAGAUCACAGCUGGUUGCAAUCACCUGAUGGAAAAGAGUCAGCAUGGGUAUUAUUUAAAGCGGGAAAAUCACGUGAUGGGUAUUUCUCAAAUGAGGAAAUCCUCACACAAUGCCAGAAGGCAAUGGAUAUUGUUCAAGCCUCUUGGCCUGAUGAGGAUCAUAUGUUUGUCUUUGAUAAUGUGACCACUCACCUCAAGCGCCCCUAUGGCUCAUUGUCUGCAUGGAAGAUGUCCAAGGGGAUACCUAAAGUUGGGAUGAACUGGGGUGUCAAGGUGAUGGCAAGGAACUCAGUAGGCAAGAUCAUCUAUGGUGCUGAUGGGAAGCCAUCAAAGACAAAAAUAUGCAUGGCUAAUGGCACCUUUAAAGACAGUUCUGCCCAGUCAUUCUAUUUCCUCGAGGGUCAUGCACGUGGAGGUGUUUUCAAGGGUAUGGCAACAAUCCUUGAGGAGCACGGUUACAGCGACAUGUCAAACAUUCAGGCAGAGUGCAAACCUAACUUCACUUGCAAACCUGGCAUCCCAUGUUGUUGCUGUUGA